AUGCAUUUCCCAUGGAAGAAAAGCAAAGUAACUCGUCGUAUCUCACGGCUGGUUGCCGGCCUCCACUGUACCCCCAAACGCGGCGGAUACCUAGUGUUGGAGACCGGUUUUCCGACCUCCCUCGUCGAUCUUUUCGUCAAGAACCGUGAUCGCUUCCGAAAAUCCUCCAAAAGGAAAUCCAGUUCCAGCCCACAGAAUCUCUGCAAUGACGACCUAAAAUCUCCUGACAUGGAUGGUGGUGAAACAGUAUCUGUUUCCAGAGAAGAAAACUUUCCUGUGGUGCUUAAAGUUUCUUUAAUGGUGGCUCUCGCUGUUAGUACCAGAAGCCUUGCGAUUUGGAUCAUGAUGGCUGCUCUUUCACUUGUGAUAAUUGAGUUUUAUAAGACAGUACUUCUCUUCUAUCCUAGGAUUCGAAUGGGGUUGAAACCAAGAACAGAUGAAUCGGUCGUUAAACGAAGAGGAGCUGAGUUGCCUGAUCCUUGUGAGUUAGUCGAGUUGAAAGAUGAAACGGAAGCCGUAACAUGUAAGAGUGAGCGUAGUCGGAGUUCAAGAAUCAAAACGAGUUUAAUCAAGAAAUUUGUUCCUAAGAAGUUUCUCCAUGGAAAGAGGAAGAAGCAAGGGAAGAGUAACAACAAACCAUGUAUUCAACUGGAAAAGGAAAAGCAAGAACAUGGUGUUGAUGAAAAAGAUGAAUCGGGAACUGAGAAUAUUAGAAAGGGGAAUUCAGGGUGUGCGAUGAUUCUGCUUGUGAUUAUUCUUGCCGGACUCAUAGCAGGGCGGGGCGUUGCACUUUUACUAACUCUUGUAUGCUGCUGCAUACUGAUAUACUAUAUCGGAGCUCCCAUACAAAAAGACGUCAGUGAGCUGGUUUUGGAGAUAUAUCUUCAGGUUGAAUCCGACUGCGAGCAACGUUACGAUGGAAGGGAUUUAACUAGUGAUUUGUUAUCGGAGCAGACAUCGUUAUAUAACGGUUAUAAUGCCGUUUGA